AUGCCCAGUACUGACGCACUCGCACCGCCGUGCACCCCCGCUGAACGAGCGAUCGUGAAGUCGUAUGGAGGAUGGACGCAUUUCAUGCAAUCUUUUGGCCUGAAGCCGUGGAAAGAAGAUGAUGUCGAAGAGGGAAAGAGGAUCCUGGCUGCUUUUACCCAAGACCAAGAUGAAGAUGAAUAA